UGCGCGCCGGUCCAGCCAGCUCGCUCCGGCUCGCUCCGGCCCGGGGCCGCCCCCUCCCCGCCCCGCCCCCUCCGGCCGGGGGUGCUCUAGAUGCUGCGCGGAGACCCUCUGCACCCCUGCGAACAUGGCGCUGCGAGUGGCGCGGAGCGUGCGGGCCGCGGUCUGCAGCCUGCGCGCCAUCUCUGCGCCCAACGCGCCCUGCCCGCCGUGGCCCUGGGGACUGCGGGCGGGCGCCGUCCGGCCGCUGUGCACCGGCCCCGUUCUGUUGUCGGGUCGUAAAUUCACAGACAAACAUGAAUGGGUAACAACAGAAAACGGUGUUGGAACAGUGGGAAUCAGCAGUUUUGCACAGGUACUGAGAAUCAAUGACAACUAUAUCUUCAUUGGCAUAUCUGUGUACCUACUGAGGCCCAGUACAGCAUGCUUUGUGAAAUACUGCGAAGCUUUGGGAGAUGUUGUUUACUGUAGUCUGCCUGAAGUUGGGACAAAAUUGAACAAACAAGGAGAAGUAACUGAAAUUAAUGAAGCUCUAGCAGAAAAUCCAGGACUUGUCAACAAAUCUUGUUAUGAAGAUGGUUGGCUGAUCAAGAUGACACUCAGUAACCCUUCAGAACUAGAUGAACUAAUGAGUGAAGAAGCAUAUGAGAAAUACAUAAAAUCUAUUGAGGAGUGAAAAUGGAACCCCUAAAUAAACUAGUUGGAAACAACUUAAUCUAGUAUAGUUGUCUUAAAUUAGUGGUGGAUAGAUUUUUUAAAAGCAACUUUUAGCAACAAUGUUGCCUGAAGAAAAUACCCCUUAACUUCCUAAUGAUUUCACAUAAACACCAUGCAUCUUUUUCACAACACCCUGUGAUUUUUAGGCUAGUCUCCAGUUAUAAUACUCAGAAUUCCUGAAAUUAUCUGUGGUAAAACUAGUUAUAAAAAUUAAUUCAAGGAUAACAUUGUUAUCUUAACCUUAUAUAGUAUUGUAACUUGCUUACCGCCAUCCCUGGAUUUGGGUCAAAAUACUCAAUGAACUUGCCACUGGAAAUAAAUGACAGUGGAGAAAAGUUUGUUAGUUGUAUAGUGUCCAGUGAAGAACAUUACUAUUUUAAUUUUGCAAUAUACUGUGUUUGCUGGUGCUAUUUUUAUACAGUGAAGCAACAGCCUUGCAGGAAAAUAAGAA